CCAGUUUUCCUUCUCGACUGAAAAUUGAAAAACCUCUCUCUCUCUCUUCGAUCGCCGGAUCGAAAUUCGCCGUCCGCCCGGGAAGAUGGUGAAGCUCGAGGAAGCCCCCGUCUCCGUCAAGGACGCCGUCUACCGUCUGCAGCACCUCCUCCUCGACGGCGCCGCCGCCGGCGAGGCCCAGCUCCUCGCCGCCGGCGCCAUCCUGUCCCGCCGCGACUACGAGGACGUGGUCGCCGAGCGGUCCAUCGCCGGCCUCUGCGGCUACCCUCUCUGCGCCACCCCUCUGCCCGCCGACCGCCCCCGGAAGGGCCGGUACCGGAUCUCCCUCAAGGAGCACCGGGUGUACGACCUGCAGGAGACCUACAUGUACUGCUCCGGGUGCGUCGUCGACAGCCGGGCGUUCGCGGGGAGCCUGCAGCCGGAGAGGUGCGCGGUCUUGGACUUGGUGAAGGUGGAGGAGGUCCUGAGGGUGUUUGGGGACAAGGGUUUGGGGUCGCAGGAGAGGGGGGAUGGUGGAGUUGGGGAAUUGGGGAUGUCUGGGCUGAAGAUAAAAGAGAAUGAAGAGGUUAGGGCAGGGGAAGUGCCGUUGGAAGAGUGGGUCGGUCCUUCGGAUGCGAUCGAAGGUUAUGUUCCUCGAAAAAGGGACGAUAAGGCGGCUGCGGCUGCGGCGGCUGCUUUGCGGGCGAAGAAGGAACCUAGAGAAGGGUCCAAAUCCAGAAAUUCUAAGCCAAGUAAGAAAGAGCUAAUAUUUAAUGACAUGGACUUCACAAGUAUUAUAAUCACUCAAGAUGAAUAUAGCAUUUCAAAGUUGCCUGUAAAUUCAGUGGAGGAAGUUUCUGCCACAAAAGCGAAAGAAUCGAAAGGGAAAAAAGUAAAUGGCAAAGAUAAACAGAGUCGUCGUGCUGUAAUUGAGACUUCAUCUGCAAAGCCAGGAACUCCCAAUAUAAACCAAAGAGAAUUGAAGGGGAAGAGCCAUGACAUCACAGAUGAUGAAUACAGCGCUCAAAAAGUUCCUUCCCCUUCAGAAGUCUGUCAAAGCAAUUCCCUAAGUCAUUUUACAGGAGCAGAAGGGGUGGAUGAUGAUGGAAAAGCAGAUGGAACAUCAACGGAGACCAGGCUGAAGCCCUCACUUAAGUCUACAGGCACAAAGAAAGUUACUCGUUCUGUUACAUGGGCUGAUGAGAAGGUUAAUGUAGCUGAUGGGGGACAUCUUUGCGAGAUUAGAGAAAUGGUAGACGAAAAAGAACCUCCACUAACAUCUGCCAUUGAAAAUGAGCACGAUGAUGAAAAUCUCAUGCGCUUCUCAUCAGCUGAAGCCUGUGCAAUGGCUUUGAGUCAGGCUGCAGAGGCUGCUACAUCCGGAGAGUCUGAUGUUUUUGAUGCUGCUGGAUUGAUUAUAUUGCCACGUCCACAUGAGGUGGAUGAAAAAGCACCUGUGGAGGACAACGCUGAUCCACUGGAAGUAGAUUCAGCUUCCGUAAAGUGGCCAAAGAAACCAGGGAUACCGACAGCUGAUAUAUUUGAUGCUGAUGACUCAUGGUAUGAUGCCCCGCCGGAUGGAUUUAAUAUGACUUUGUCUCCCUUUGCAACCAUGUGGGGUGCCCUUUUUGCAUGGACAACAUCAUCUACUUUGGCUUAUAUAUAUGGCAAAGACGAAAGCUUUCAUGAAGAAUAUAUGUCAGUUAAUGGCAGAGAGUACCCACAAAAACUCGUACUGCCUGAUGGCCGCUCUACUGAAAUUAAGCAAACCCUCGCUGGUUGUCUUUCUCGAGCUUUACCUGGAUUGAUUUCUGAUCUCAGGCUGCCGCUGCCAGUAUCCACCCUUGAGCAAGGAUUGGGUCGCUUGUUGGAUACAAUGACAUUUAUGGAUGCACUCCCUGCAUUGCGUACAAAGCAGUGGCAAGUGAUUGUUCUUCUCUUUAUUGAUGCUCUCUCCGUUUGUCGAGUUCCUGUGCUGACUGCACACAUGAGUAAUAGGCAUCCAUCGCUGCAGAAGGUGCUGCAGGCCGCCCGAAUGAGCGUGGAAGAGUACGAGAUUAUGAAGGAUCUUCUAAUACCAUUGGGCAGAGCGCCGCAGUUCUCAGCGCAGAGUGGAGCUUAGUGGUGCAAGAUUGGGCCCGGUGAAGAACUGGUCAACUGCAAUUUUGAUACGCAACCUCAUUCUGUCUUAUGUAAUGAGAUCCUCUUACUUAGGCUGAAAGCAGUUAAUUCAAAUGCGAAGUGUGGAAACCGACCCAAGUAACUUCUGUAGGAACUUAGAAGGUACCUGUGGAUAUUGGACCCAGGAGUGGCUAAAUUGCAUUCCUUGAACUUGUACAUGCUUUUUUUAAACUUCUACUGAUUCUGCAAGCAACUGGAUUCUUUUCUUUCUUU